AUGGACUUUGCUAUGGAGUCCCCAGAUACUAUGCCAAGCUAUGAUAGCGACACAGCAAGCGAAGAACGACCAUCAUCACAACCUGUCAACACCAAAAUCCAAGCCAAGUUCCAAAUUGCCCGGCCGCCCCCAAAAUCAAGUCAACUACUUCGACUCAGUCCUAAACUACUCCUUCAAAUCCAACAACUACCUCCAAACCACCGACCAGUGCCUGUACUAGAGAUAUGGCAACCACCCCUCCGCAAGUCAAAAUUGACAAGGGGUUUCCCACAACGCCCAAAACUCGGCGCGAGGGAUAUCUACGCAACCCUCAAUGAACCAUAUAUCAUCAAUAAGCAGCCAAAUGAACAAGACCGCCCCAAAGAACCAGAUUCACUAUCAUAUAAUAUCCAAGAAAAGGAUAUCGUCGCCGCAAUGUGCCAACCAUCAAGCAGCAACAACCCCACAUCAUCAUCAAUCCACUUCCGCGACACAAGAUGCAUCUGGCAAGCCAGUCCCAGCCCAACAGGUCCCGAUAAAGGCACUAGCUACAGAUUCGUCAUUAAAAAGGAAGAUAACACAACCGACUCCGAGCAGUGUCGGAUGAUUAUGCAGUGGGAAAAACGGGAACUCGCCGGGUCUUCAGAUAACGAACAAUUCGUUCUCUUGGCGAUUGACCGCAAGACGCGUCGGAAGAGUCGCAUUGCGACGAUGACUCGGGCUGGAUUCGAUAUUUCUGUGAAGAAGAGUUCGAUUUUGGAUCAUCUUCGUACUUGUUUGGCGUUGACGGAGCCUGUUUCUGAGGGCUCGACGGAUUUGGAAACUUGGGUGUACAACCUUGUGUUGACGUUGGGUGUCACGGUGGCUUCACAGGAAGGCUGGUUGGGUUGA